GCGGAGAAUUUGCAAUGAAUAAACAACUUUUCAUUUGUCAAAAUGUCGCACUAUAUACGAAGUAUAUCAUCAUGCUGCUACGUUGGUCUACUAAAAGAACAUUUCACUUUUGAAUUCCAUCUGCAGAAGAAACUCAAACAAUAAUCUUUAGCAGGGCGAACCCCAAUCCUCUGAAACCUUCAAUGAUCACAAACCCUAUCACUUGAUCGACUCUAGAAAUCUUCAUCAUAUUUCAAGGAUCAAAUAGUCAGCGAAUUUUGUGCACUAAUCACUGGACUUAUGGUACUCCCCUCCAGAGACGCAUUGACUUGAGCAACUUUUAUCACAAUGGGAAUCAUUCGCCAAAGUGGGACUUUUAAAAAGUCAAAUAAUAGUGCCAGGCUUAUCAUAACGACAAUCAUGGGAAUGGUGUUUGGAUAUUUUAUAGGCAUUUCCUUUCCGAUUGUUGCAUUAACUAAGAUUAACUUACCCUCAAGCUUUAUAUCAUCAACUGAUGUAGCCUCUGGCGAUGACCAGCCACUACUUACUAAUCUUAGUUUCCCUGAGAGCCAUGUUUCUGGUGGUGCUCUGGUAACACCCAAGAUAUAUGUACCGACCAAUCCUCAUGGUGCAGAGUCACUCCCACCAGGAAUUGUAGUUGCAGAAUCAGAUUUUUAUUUGCGUCGUUUAUGGGGUGAACCAAGUGAGGAUUUAAAAAGGAAGCCAAAGUACCUGGUGACCUUCACAGUUGGUUUGGAACAAAAGAACAAUAUUGAUGCGUCAGUUAAAAAGUUCUCAGAGGAUUUCCAGAUUAUGCUUUUUCACUAUGAUGGUCAUACCAGUGAAUGGGAUCAGUUUGAUUGGUCAAGACGUGCAAUACAUGUCAGUGUUAGCAAGCAAACAAAGUGGUGGUAUGCGAAGCGUUUUUUGCAUCCUGAUGUUGUAGCAGCUUAUGAUUAUAUAUUUGUUUGGGAUGAAGAUCUUGGAGUGGAGCACUUCAAUCCUGUGAAAUAUAUUCAGUUAGUGAGGCAGCAUGGUUUAGAGAUAUCUCAGCCUGGCCUGGAGCCAAACCAUGGACUGACAUGGCAAAUGACAAAAAGGAGAGGAGACAGUGAAGUCCACAAGGUGACAGAUGAGAAACCAGGGUGGUGCAGUGAUCCACACCUGCCUCCAUGUGCAGCAUUUGUGGAAAUCAUGGCUCCUGUUUUCUCACGAGAAGCAUGGAGAUGUGUUUGGCAUAUGAUUCAGAAUGACCUGGUGCAUGGAUGGGGGUUGGAUUUUGCUCUCAGAAGAUGUGUAGAGCCUGCUCAUGAAAAGAUUGGCGUAGUUGACUCACAAUGGAUCGUGCAUCAAGUUAUUCCCUCUCUUGGGAAUCAGGGGCAGUCCAAGGAUGGUAAAUCUCCUGGGCAAGUGGUAAGGGAGCGGUGUAAAAGCGAGUGGGCAAUGUUCCAAGAUCGCCUUGCAAAGGCAGACAAGCAGUAUUUUGCAAAGCUUGGUACAACUUUGCCUUAGGAGAACUAUAGAGUAUUGAAUACAAUACUUCUCAUCAUCAGCACAUUUUGUACAGUGAUUUUUUCUACCACUUUUUUUUCCUUCAUUACCAUCUUUGCUGCUUUGGAGUUGCUCAUAUUUCAUGUUUUGUUCUUUUCUAUUUUCCCUCUGUGUGGGGGCGGGGGAGCUCAGCCGCUCUCCGCUCAGCGAGUAUAGGAGCAGUAUAUAUGAGCCAUAGGAAUUGGAAUGCCUGUGCAUAGUUCUGGUUUGGCGUUUUUUUAUGCUCACCGCUAUAUC